AUGAAAGCAUUGAAAAAUAUGCAAACUUUCAAAGACGAUUCCAACAUUCUUAAAGUUAGAACUAAGCUCAUACUGGGACAUGAAGAAGAGAAUUUUAAGUGCCCAAUAUUGUUGCCGGGUAACCAUGAAAUAAUUCGUCGAUUGAUACAUCUGAAACAUUGUGAGUUGCAACAUGCCGGUCUUCGAACUCUCAUUUCCAAUUUGAGGGAAAAUUACUGGAUUAUUUCUGUCAAUAAAAUAGCAAAACGAGUAAGCUCUCAUUGUAUUACUUGCAAAAGCUUUAAAGCCAAACCUACGGAGCCACCUUUAGCACCUCUUACUAAAGAUAGAAUAAAAGUUGCUGCAGCAUUUGAAGUCACAGGGAUUGAUUUGACAGGCCCAUUGUUUUUGAGUUCUGGAGAAAAGACAUGGAUUGUCCUUUUUACAUGUUCUAUUUAUAGGGCUGUUCAUCUUGAGUUAGUCAAUUCCUUGUCCACGGAAGCCUUUAUAAUGGCUUUAAGAAGAUUUUUGGCUAGGAGAGGUCGAGUUAACAUGAUCUACACUGAUAACGGCACCAACUUCGUUGGUUCAAGUAAUGCUUUGAAAAAUAAAGAUUGUGAGAAGAUCAUGUCGUUUUCCACUAUCAAGUAA